AUGGUUAGGUUAACCAAGUUCUCGAAUUUCACAAACAUCUAUCGCGUUCUUUUCCUUGUUGCAACUCAGUGCAUCCUCUUGUAUUGGUAUGUUCAACGUGCACAUAUCAUCGGUGCAUUUGAAAGUCACCGCGCGGUUUUACAUCCCUUUUCAAAGAGUUAUACUUUCUUCUAUCCCGAAUUCAAUUCUGAAGUAGUUUUAGUAUUUGUACACAUUCAAAAGACGGGUGGAACUUUUGUCGAGUCUGCGUUAACGAAGGACGGCGUGCUUGGUUUUCCUUGCAAUUGUAAACGCGGGGUAAAGUUCUGCAGGUGUUAUCGCGACCAAGACGUGUGGCUAUUCAGCCGAUAUUCUGUUGGUUGGCGAUGUGGUCUUCAUGCAGAUUUCACAGAACUUCGUGAAUGCGUACCAAGGAUGCUCAAUAAGCUAGAAGGUCAUGAAAGACCCCGGCGAUUGGUCUACUUCACGAUUCUCCGUGGCGCUCUUGACCGCUACGUGAGCGAGUGGCUACACACGCGCCGCGGAGGCACUUGGGUAAAAGCUACUCUUCGUUGUCGUGGUCUGUCACCUCGUCCCUUCCAAUACCUACCCUGUUCCUACGUCUUCGACGCUAACGUGUCUCAGUUGUCUUUCAAUCGUUUCGCCAACUGUCCGGGCUCCCUCUCUAGUAAUCGACAGACUCGUAUGAUUGCCUCCCUUGACGAUCUCGGUUGCUACUCCAAUUUGAGAGAGUGGACUAAACCAGCUAAUCUGGCGGUUAAUUUUUCCCUUUCUCCCCCUCAAAUUGACCUCCUCGCCUCCGCGGUGGAGAAUCUCGCCACCGCCUUCGCCACCUUCGGUUUGAUUGAACACACCAUCUACACGCAGUACAUGUAUCGUAUGCUCCUCGGUCUAGUCUUCCGUAUCCCCUUCAAAAACAACAUAAAUACUUCAUGGGUGAGUGAGGCGUAUCAAGAGCCCGGUCUCCUGUCCAGUGACUGGAAGCAGGUGGCGGAGGCACGAAACCAAAUUGAUAUGAUGUUUGUGGCCUUCGCGAGGCAUCUAUUCACCCAUCGUUUGGCGGCUCGAUUGCGGGCGGAGUCGAUAUUGCCGAUGCGGCUUCGAUUGUUCCUGCGCCAGGUGGAACCGCGUCUCCUGCUCAGCGAUACGAAUCUAGAGGCCAGGACCGCUAACUUCGAGGGUCUCCUUGACUCUCCCUCCACUGUCUCGGAGAUUACGAGACUGUUGGAUGUGCUAGGGUCGCCUACCGGUAGCGUACGACGCUACUUCUCGUCCGCGCGACAAUCCUUGAACUCAAUGAUGGUUCUGAUUGGGAACCAAAUUAUGGGAUCUAUUUGCCAUGUGUUGCUUGAGACUAGACGACUUUCUACGGUGAGCGUAGUUCUUAAGGCAAUGUACGAGACGGGCGAGUUCGGCUUUAAUGUCAAACGUGUACAGUACGACCAAGAGACUGGUGCCAUUGGUGGCCUGAGCGGAAGGCCAUGCCUCCAGCAUUGA